AUGGCUGACUCCAUGUUGGCGCGUGGCAUCUACCCAGACAACCCGCCCGCCAUGCAGACCAGAGACCAGAUCAAUCCGACUCUGAUGAUGAGCUGGUGGGCAACGGGCUUUUCGCUGGCUAUUAUUAUCGUCCGUCUGUGUGGCCGGUACAUUCGUAUCGAGCGCUUCUUUCCGGAAGAUAAGGUUGUUAUGAUCAGUGUUUUUCCAUUGGUGAUCCGCAUGGUGCUGGUGCAUUUUGUGCUUGUGCUUGGGACCAAUAACACAACUACUGGGGAGUUGACCGGGCAGGAGAUUAGGAAUCGCGAGCUUGGGAGUAAGCUUGUGCUUGCUGCGCGCAUUUUCUAUGCCAUUUUCAUCUGGACUGCAAAACUCACCGUCUGCGAGUUCCUCAAACGAGUAACCGGCCUCGUCUGGCGCCGCUCAGUGGCCCUCUUCCUCCGAUUCAUCACCUUCUUCCUCAUCUCAACCCUGGUAGCAGUGGUAAUCGCAACCCUAGCCGAAUGCCAACCCUUCAACCAUUACUGGCAGGUCAUCCCAGACCCAGGCCCAACAUGCCGAACAGGCUACGUGAACCUAAUAACAAUGGGUACCUGCGACGUGAUAACCGAUCUCCUCCUAAUCGCCUUCCCCGUCCCAAUCAUCAUGCUAGCCCAAAUGCCCCUAAAGCGCAAACUAGCCCUAGUCAUCCUCUUCUGCCUCUCCCUCCUGCUAGUGGCAAUAACCUGCUACCGCGUCCCGUCAGUCAUACACCACAGCGGCUCACAGCAAUACCGCUCCCUCCUCGCCAGCCUUGAAAUCCUAGCCGCAACAGCCGUCUCUAAUGCCCUCGUCAUCGGCUCCUUCGUCCGUGACCGCGGCGUCAAGAAGUUGAAAUACAAACGCGAUCAAGGCUCCGCCUCGGUCUCAGAGAGCAUGGAUAAAUCCUUCAUUAGAAGGAACACAAUCAUGCAGAACCAAUGGGGCAGCGACUCGGAUCUAGCUACUGGUUUAUGCAUCCGCCUCGAUCCAGAUAUGUGUAUUUCCCCAACGACCACCGCUGAUGGGACACCUCUCCCCCGUCCUGCUCCUCAUGUCGCCUUAUCGUCCCAUAUGCCUCUCUCAGUAGCGCGCACCGGGACUAUCGAUCCAUCCUGGUCUUUCACGACCAGUCGGCGUUCGGAUGAUGAUCAUGCCUCCGCGACGGAUAGUCUCGAUAUCAAAAUCAGUCCACGCGAAUAUCUACGUACGAAUACUUCGCCUCGGGAGUCGGCGGCUGUUGCUCCGCGGAGGGUUUCGUUUUCCGAUGUUGGUGGGCUUUUGACUAGGGCAUUGCCGGAUGAUCCUCAUACUCGGCCGUCGGUUUCAAGGUCGAAUACAACGUUGACUUUGAAUACUCUUGCUCAUGCUCCUACUCCUGGUCCCGCUGAGGCUUCACAGUGGAGAAGUGGGAGUCGCACGUUUUUGGAGGAUUUGGGGAUUGUUGCGCCUCAUUCUUCUUCGAGGUUGUAUGGACAUGCUAGGCCUGGGAUUGGUAGAUCUCAGACGCUGCCUCAGCCUCAGCCCCAGCCUCAAACUCAGUCUCAGCCUCAGACUCAUGUUCUUCCUGUUUACGGCUCCUCUUCUGAUAUCACACUUGAUGGAGAUGUCGAGUUACAGGACGUUGGUGGAUUGCUUUCCAAGCAACACCAGGGCCAGAGCCAGAGCCAGAGCCAGGACCGGGACCGGGACAACUCUUGA